AGUGUCACCCAUCAGUGCCACCUAUCAAUGCCACUCAGUGCCACCUAUCAGUGCCGCCAAUCAGUGCCACAUAUCAGUGCCAGUCAGUGCCGCCUAUCAGUGUGCAUCAGUGUCGCCUAUCAGUGCCCGUCAGUGCUGCCUAUCAGUGCCAGUCAGUGCCGCCUAACAGUGCCAGUCAGUGCCACCUAUCAAUGCCAGUCAGUGCCGCCUAUCAGUGCCAUCAGUGCCUCCUCAUCAGUGCCCAUCAGUGCCACCUAUCAGUGCAGCCUAUCAGUG